AUGGGUGGUAGAUCUGUUGGUUCUGAAGAUGGUAUUGGGGGUGUAGGUUCUGGGGUUGGGAGGGUGGAAGAGUGUCGUAUUUAUAGAAGAGGGGAAUGUAGGAUAGUUUGUAUGGUUUUUGAGCAAGGGAGGGUGGAGGAGGAGGAGAAGGAGAAGGUUUAUGAAGACGAGGAGAGCGCCAAAUAG